AUGGCAAGGACUACUAGACACCACCGGCGCGGGUCGCGCCGUGGCAACCCUCGCCGCUGUCGCAUGGUCGGUCGAGGCUUAGACGUCCAAAAAUGGUUGACCAAGACAGGCAUCGAAUUUCAUUGGCCGGGGUACCAAUACAUGGGCCCAGGCACCCAUUUGGAGAAACGCCUGAAGCGCGGGGAUCCCGGCAUCAGCCGGUUGGAUCGCAUUGCUAAACAACAUGACAUCGAUUAUUCUCGUGCGCGCAAUCUCCAGGACAAGUGGAAAGCCGAUGACAAGAUGAUUAGCGCCAUUCAAGCCCUGCCAGGGAAAAAGACUUGGACCGAAGCCCUUGUCAAAAAAAUCAUGCAAGCGAAACGCAAACUCAUAAUUGUAAUC